AUGAUCGGAUCGCCGGAAGACCCACAAACGUACGGGAUCAUACCUUGCGCUAUAUCGUGGCUUUUCAAAGGCAUACAGGAGCAGAAGGCGAGGACCGGGGCGCGUUUUUCGGUCCGGGUGUCCGCCGUAGAAGUGUCCGGACCUGCAAGUCCCGUUAAAGACCUACUGGCCGGCCAAUCCAACGACGGCGAAGACAAUUUGCCAGGCCCCGGAGUGUACUUAAGGGGCGAGGACCCCGUGUUGGGCACACCGAUGCAACAUUACAGCGAGCUGAGAGCGCAGACCAUUGAGAAAGCUGCCUACUAUUUGGACGUGGCGCUCAACGUGCGAAAUUCCUCCCCAGAGUCGCACAUGUUGUACACUUUAAACGUUUACCAAUACACCGUACCGACCGGUUCGUCUGCAGUUGCUGGAGGUCGUAGCCGGUUGCAUCUUUUGGAUUUAGGCAGUUGCGAAAGAAGCAAGUCUUCCGGCGGAUUGACACUUUCCGGUUUGGGAAACGUACUGCUGGCCAUAUUUAACGGUCAAAAACAUCUACCGCACAGAGAACAAAAACUCACUCAACUCUUGAAAGAGUGUUUGAACUCGUUGACGUGCCAUGCGGCAAUGGUCGCUCACGUAUCGCCAUCCGCUCAACAGUACACGGAAACUUUGUCCGCAGUACAGCUGGCUUCCAGGAUACAUCGGAUGCGCAGACGGCGGUUUAAGUUUGUCGGCGUGGCUAGCGGAUGCGGAACUUCUGGGGACACCGAUCCGAAAAUUCAAAACGGCGUGGGGUCAACCGAAGUGGAACCUUCCAGCAGCGAACAGUCGGCCGACACGGUGAUCUACGUCGGGCCCAGCGAGGAGACCGACGGCGAACACCCUCCCGUCCACAUACCCAGCCUGUCGGCGGUGGAAAACCGCUGUCACCCGUUGAACAAAUUGCUCCGGGAACCCGGGCAGAGCAAGUCGACACCGUCGUCGCCACAGCGAUCGGUGCCGAUCAGCGCUGCGGCCAGAGCUCCCGCGGCCAAGGCGGCUGCCAAACCCAACGGCGUGUGCAGCGCACGGUCGUCGCCGGUCCGAAAUCCUCGGACUUCGUCGGUCCGGAAAGAGCGGCCCGAGGAGAGGUGGAUCGACGGGCCACGCAUAUCCAAGAGCCGCGCACACGGCGCCCGGGCGCUGUUGAUGUCGAAAAACGACGACGGGAAAACGGCCGGCGAGACGUGGAUAGACGGUCCGAUGCACGGGGCCGGUAGCCAGCACGCCAACGUUUACGGGUUCAUGGACUACCACAAGAAGAAUAUGAUAAAAAAAUGGGUGGAACACCAAGUGUACCAGGUUACAGACAAACAGAACAGGCACCGUGUAGGGGAGACCAAAGAGUACACGACGUUUAAAACGGACGAGUUGGGCCCCAGAGGGCGGGCCAGCGGUCAAGAAGAAAACGGCGACGAAGAGCCCAAGUGCGAUCAGAUGUCCGUGGCCACCAGAUCCAUAAUUGAAAACAGCCACCAAGUCAGCAGAGUGGUGUCCAUUGAACGACUCCGUGGAUCAAAUUCUGACGAAUACAACGAAGAAGACGAAGAAAUCGAACUGGAAAUCGUCGAAGUCGAAGAACUCGACGAACCCGUCCCCACUCAAGACAGUUGCUUACAGGUGACGGAAGAGGACAUCGCGUUUUGUAUGGGAGAACUGGAAAAUCCAUUGCCGGAAGUCGAUCAGGAAGAACAUCCGUUGAGAAUACUCAGUCAAGAAAAUAUGACUGUAGUGUCUACAUUUACGGACUCACUGUCGGUCGCUAACGAUCUCGAUAGGGUGUUUUCGAGACCGGGCGGCAAUUCUUUUAGGCAAUUCAACCAUCACAGGCUUCAGUCGGCACCGCAACACGAACAAAAAUCGUCGAAAGAUCAAUUUCGAUACGAACAACUGUCUCGAUUACACGAGCUGUACAACGGCAAAGUCGGAGUACCCAAACAUGUUCCUAACAAUUUUAACCACUCGUCCACGUUACCUACGCGCAUGCAAUCCGCCUCGCUGUCGGACGUUUUCAAAAACGGCACUACGGAAAGCCCGUCCAUGAAUAACGAUUUCACCCAUCCGUCGAACGAUUUUGAUAACAACAGCAUCGCCAGCGAACCCGCUUACUUGUUGAACGAUAAUAGUCAAUUUUGUCAUAACUGUCGAAUGAAUUUGACGAGCACCGAUGACUUGACUAGCAACCUGUGGAUGCACUACGGAGAACUGCACACGCUCAGUCGUUUUCACUCGUUCAAACACGUUAGUAAAAAUAUAUCGAGCUUGAGACAUCCGGACGGCGCGUCCAAUCCAAAUUUACAGUCUGAAACGUGCCGGGAGCCCGGAAAUGGUGCCGAAGAAUCCAAGGACAAGAAAAGUCAAGGCAGCGACGAAGGAGACAUCGAAGAAGUACCGUACCCACCGCCUUUGCAAUCGGAACUCUUGUCGUUGAGCAGAGACGGGUUGGACAGCAAAACCAGAGUGCAAUCCGUGUUGAACGGGUUCACACCUUAUUCGGGCAGGUUGAACCACAAUUACUCAUUGAACACCAACAACGGAAAGUCUCACGACCCAGGAGGGAACAACGGUCAUCGGUUGAAGAACGACCACAACGUCUGGAACGGUGGUAGGACCAGGUUCGAAGACAUCAAACAGCUGAAGGAGUUCAACUUGACAAGCAACAAAUUGUUCAGCCAACGGUGGUUUGCAGACAAACAAAACCCGAGAGCGAAGAAUCUGAACGAAACUGGCAACAGCAAUACUGCGGCCACCCAUCAGAACAGCAAGUGUGAUAGCUAG